GUUCACAUUCAGGCCAAGUUUCAAGAAAAGAGCCACCAUUAAUAACGGGGCCUUAGAGUUUGAAAAACACCCAAAAUAUUUGGGCAUCAUAUUAGAUGAGAAAUUAAAACUACACAAGUUUGCAGAAAAUUAAAUUGAAAAAACCGAAAAAGUCCUCAACUCUGUCAAGAAACUUGCACUGAAAACCUAAUAUCUCAAAGCAGUUAGAUCGCUACAGUCUACCCAUACAAAAAAUGGCAAGCACCACAUGUCUGAACAAUAUAGAUAAAGUCCAAAAUAAAGCAAUCAGAAUAAUAUGUGGGACUAUGAAGGGUUCUCCGAUAGCAGCAGGCGAGAUACUGUCAGGCAUAGAACCUCUAAAUUUUACCAGAGACAAAUCACGGUUAAUAACCAUUGAGCGAUUCAGACGUCUCAGCAGAAACGACCCUUCACAUUCA